UUCUCAUUUACAGCCGAGGAAGGUACAGUCUUCCUCUCUGACGUAUUUCCGGUGUCACACGUGCUGAGAAAAGCUCGUACUUUGGAUUAAAAACUUUGCAGUUUUCUCUGCAGGAUUUUAGGAGAGGAUUCAUCACAAUGCCUAAAGUGAAAGCGGAAAAGAAAUGUCGACAACACCAGGAGGUGAAGAGUCAGGGGAUCAUGUUCAAUACCGGGAUUGGGCAGCACAUUCUCAAGAAUCCCUUGGUCGUAAAUGGAAUCAUUGAGAAGGCAGCCUUGAGACCUACAGAUGUGGUACUAGAGGUUGGACCUGGAACUGGAAACAUGACCGUGAAGCUUCUGGAAAAGGCCAAAAAAGUUGUUGCAUGUGAGCUGGACACCAGGCUUGUGGCUGAACUUCAGAAACGAGUGCAGUGCACACCAAUGCAGACGAAGCUUCAGAUUUUGGUUGGCGACGUUUUGAAGACCGAACUGCCGUUUUUUGACGUUUGUGUAGCAAAUUUACCCUAUCAGAUAUCAUCACCAUUUGUCUUCAAGCUACUCCUUCACAGACCUUUCUUCAGAUGUGCAGUGCUGAUGUUCCAGAGGGAGUUUGCCAUGCGGCUUGUUGCGAAGCCUGGAGAUAAGUUAUACUGCAGACUGUCCAUCAACACACAACUACUCUCCAGAGUAGACCACCUCAUGAAGGUUGGGAAAAACAACUUCAGACCCCCUCCUAAAGUGGAAUCUAGUGUGGUUAGGAUAGAGCCCAAAAAUCCACCACCGCCCAUCAAUUUUCAGGAAUGGGACGGUCUUGUCCGAAUCGCAUUUGUAAGAAAGAACAAAACUCUAAGCGCAGCCUUCAAAUCCUCUGCUGUUGAGCAGCUUUUGGAGAAGAACUACAGAAUUCAUUGCUCCAUGCACAACAUAGAAGUACCACAGGACUUCAGCAUUUCCCAGAAACUUCAGAGCAUUCUACAGGAAGCUGAUUUUAGUGAAAAACGGGCACGAUCAAUGGACAUCGAUGACUUCAUGGUACUACUUCAUGCAUUCAACUCUGCUGGGAUCCACUUUUCAUGAAGCUCAAACACAGAAUACCUGGACUGAAUAAUGAUGUUUGAUAAUGCAUUUUACUUAUAGUGCACCUUAUAAUUUGAUGCUAAUCCCAAGGUGCAAUGAACAAUUUUCCUUCAUUAUAAAGAACACAGUAUUUCACAGAAAAAACUUUUUUUCUGUGUGUUUUGAACCCGUUUCUACAACGGUGUUUUAGUGCCACGUUAAAAUAAGAUUACGAGAAUAAAGUCGCUGCGAUUUGAGAAGUAAAAAAUGUUAAGAAUAAAGUCGAAAAUAUGAGAGAAAUUGUUCGAAAUAUGAGAUGGAAGCGUUUAAAUAUUUUGAGAGAAAUUGUAGAAUUGCAAGAAACGUUUUGCAUAAAAGGGAUGUGGAGGAUUUGGUUAAAUCCUACAUCGGGUUAGGAUUUAGCAAUAACUAAAUACUUUGUCUUCUGGUGCAUCAGCACAGAGCUAUAAUUAGUAAAUGGACACUGCAGCAGUUAUGUGGGAAACUUUAUUUAUUCAUAAGAAAAUAUCAGACAUUGUGGAAAUUGCCUCUCUUGUAGCAUAUUGCUACAACUUUAUUCUUGCAAGGUUGACACUUUUUCUCAAAAUAUAACAUUUCAAAAUAUGUCAAGAUUUUUUUUAAUGUGGCACUAAAACAGCAAACAUUUCAGAACUUUAGUUUAACUGCGGUUGAGAACAACCCAGAGUCAAAUUUCCUAUUACAUACUCUUUAAAGUUUCAAUGAAAAGCCACAAAAUGAUUUGCAUUCAGUGUAAACAAAGUGUGGUAUGUGUGUGAAAAAGUUGCUAGGUUUGGAAGUGAACAAACUCUGAUCCAUGGUCUCUAUUUGAAUAGAAAUGUAUGUGCAAAUUUUGGAUGUCAUAAAUUAGAAAGAAAAGCUGGACAGGACACAUGCCAUGUCUGAGCUCUGUCACACCAAGAAAUGAUUUAGAGACUACAACUAAAAUUUAAAUUACAUCACACAUUCAUCUAUAAGGGAAAAUGUCUCUGUUCCUAUAGAACAUAACAUUGCAAAUUAAACAAGAUUUAUUGAGAAUAAGA